UGGUGGUGGUAUCGCCGCUGUUGGUGGUGGUAGUGUCGGUGGUCUAGCGGCUUAAUCUGGUGUCAAAUUACAAGUACAUCGCCUUAUGUUUACCUACACUUCUUUUAAUAAAGUGGUAUUGUUUUAACUUUUUGCGCAGGUCGCAGGCUGGAGGCAGAUGGCCAACGUGGCAAACACACCUGAACCUGUACGAUGCCUGUCCAGGGGCGUCACCCACAUUACGCUACCUGGGCCCCUCCCUGAUCAACGAGCUGUCAAUCAAAGACCGUGGACGUCACACAGGGCGUUCCCGUCUUCCCGCUUUAUGAGGACGGCGUCGAGAAGAUUGAUGGAGCGGUCCAGCGUCGAGUCAAAACGACCCAAGGUCGCCUCGUUCUGGCUCAAGUCACGUGACACGGGCGGGGUGGAACUGGGUCACGCCGAGUACAUCGCCCGUCUGACGUCACUGAGGGACUCGUUGCUGGACCAGGAGCAGGUGUACUUGGCCCAAGCCCUUGACCGCUUACGACUCCACUCACUGACCAGCAAGUCCAGCUCCUACCGUCUCAAGUUUACUGGCGACGACACUGUCAAGCGGUCAGGCCCUGUAGCCCAGGGGCGUAACCUGCUGACCACAGUGGAGAAGUUCCGACAGAUGCGCCCCAGGCCCCACUACCCCACCAUCGCCCCCCUACAGGGCACGCCCCUGCUGGAACAAAUCCCAGUCAGGACGAAACAAAUCCCGGAUACAAGUUCUCACUUUGGUGCUGACCCUAGGCAGAGCAGGGAGAUAAUUCAACAUACACCAAGGUCAGCUAACUCUAAGCUGGAUGAGACUGUCCAGGCAAAUCUCCAGAGGCUGAUCCAACCGACUAGCAGCAUUCCAAACGUCGGCAGGAAGUCGGUCAAGGUCCAGGAACAGCUGGAGGUCAGGCCCAGACAGCUGCCCCAGCUGAGGUCACGUGCCCCUAGACCGGCAGGACGGCAGAUGGUCAGUCCAUAUCUGCCAGCCCAAAGUCUGACCACCCAAGGGUUAAGUCCCUUAUCCUUAUCGCCAUACAGCGUUUAUACAAGUUCAAACCACGCUCUACACGUUAAAAAGGGGAAUAACCAAGAAAACACUGACUUGGAGUUGUCUCAAAACUUUUCUUACGAUUAUUACGUCAGCCGUGGGAGCUUGAGACGUCAGGAGAGUGACGACGAUGAUGACGUCAUCGACACGGACAAAUCAAGACACGACACACACAGCGAGCGUAAACUGAGCAGGCGUUACAACACACCAAAUACGUCAUUCCGCCAGUCCCUCCAUUCCAUCCCCCACACCUCACAGACUGUCAAACCCCUGAUCGACACCCUUCCCACCCCUAGGGUACUGGAACCCGAGGCUAGAAACACCAUCAGCGUGUUUCUACCCGACCAGUCGAGUCAGGAGAUCAGCGGCUUCACGUUCUACAACUCUGACCAGGAUUCAGACGACGAAAGGGAGUUAACUCCCAACCAUGGUGAUAAGAUAACUCACGACGACGACCCUGUACAAUCACGAACAAAAACUCUGACACAAGAUGACACUGAUAGUUUUAAACACAAUGAUUCAACAUUGCAUGAUGAGUUAAACAAACAAUCACCCACACAUUUAGAGAACUAUUUGUUUUCCAAUGUAUCGAAAUCGAACAUGGACGCUCCUGAUAUUGUACUUAAACCUGCCACCCCUCUACCUGGGUUCAACCACUUAACUCAUGAGGAAAGGGCAGAUAACGCUUUCGUUCAAUCUGUUCCAAACUUGACAAAAACAAUGAAGCAAAAAGAACUUAGAAAAAAAGAACUGCAAAAUUUGUUCGAGGAUGUCAAAGAAUUGACACAAAGAGUUGAACACAUUCAAAACAAAGAAUGAUUUUAAAAACAUCACAUAUAUAAACCUGUAUACCAGAGGCGUAGCUGCGGGGGUGGGGGGGGGGUAUAUAUGUCC